AUGGGUUUCUCAUAUGAAAAAAUUCUUCUUGUUUUUUGCCUGACAUCGCUUGGUACCCUCAUCUGCAUGAAUGUCUACUACUUUGCCAUAUAUGGUAUCAACACCCUUCCGUCCAAAUCCACAAAGUCAAGACCAGAGAUGUUUGAAUGCAAACUUUCCGAAGCCAGUAUUAGUCACGGAAACGAACGAACAAAGCCGGACAACAACAUCUAUCUAUCUAUCUAUCUAUCUAUCUAUCUAUCUAUCUAUCUAUCUAUCCCAGUUUUUAAUCUAUCUAUCUAUCUAUCUAUCUAUCUAUCUAUCUAUCUAUCUAUCUAUCUAUCUAUCUAUCUAUCUCAUUCAUUUCAUUAUCUGCACUUUCUAUCUAUCUAUCUAUCUAUCUAUAAGAUAAAGAACAAGGAGAGACAAAGCGACUCUUCGAAGUUCCAAAAAGUUAAGUUUUUCCAUGUAUUUUUAUUUUAUCAUUCUGUCGGAUUCCGAUCCAUAUUUGAUUUAUAUUUAAUCUCAUUCUAUCUAUCUAUCUAUCUAUCUAUCUAUCUAUCUAUCUAUCUAUCUAUCUAUCUAGCUUAUCUGUCCAUAUCUAUCUAUCUAUCUAUCUAUCUAUCUAUCUAUCUAUCUAUCUUAGUCUGUCCAUAUCUAUCUAUCUAUCUAUCUAUCUAUCUAUCUAUCUAUCUAUCUAUCUAUCUAUCUAGCUAG